UCAGUGUUGCGCAUGUCAUUGAGAAAGAGUCUAGUGUCAAAUUGUCUCUCAAACAAUAACAAUCGAAUUUCUUUGAAACACGUAGUCGUUGACGUACGGUCUCAGGUUGGUGCAUAAUAUCCAGGUGUAUUUCAAAAUUCGCGAUUAAUCCACCGCUUAUUUUUGCUUUGAAUUCUCAAACAAUCCCCAUCGAAUCGAUUGUGAACAAUUUCGAUAACUUUUUUCAAUUCAAAUUAGAUGGUGUUAACCCGCGACUCACUCACAUAUUUACCAUCAGAAAUUAGUAAUGAAACGAAAUGAGUGCUAAAUCAUUUAGUGAAAUUAAUUUAGUUCGGGGAUACAUAUUGUUGUUGUUUAUUUAAAUCAAUGUUUAAAAUGUGCGUUAUAGAUUUACAUUUAAAUGAAAAAGUUGCCAUUAAUUGCGUUGAGAAGUGAUCGAAAUGCGCUCGAUUGUACGUUACACAGAUUAAACACAUCAAUUUCAACAAGAUUAUUAAUUGAGCAAUCGAGCACACUUUUGCUUCAACUUGUGCAACCCAUUGUAUAAACUCGAUUCGUAUGUACUGGAUCGGACAUAAUUGGAUGUGAUUUUGGUUGGCUGCCACCGUGAAAGAGAAAUUAAGACCAAUUAUUCUGUGUGAUAUAUCCCAAAAAUGAGGCGAAAAAUCUUCAAAAAUUAGGAAAAACACACAAGAAACGAGGGACAUCUAAUCGACAGAUUUUGUCGAUCGGCGGUUCCACUAAAUAGCUAUACUUUUAUAACAAUUAAUUAUUGCGUCAACAAACUAUGGAUGAAACGAACCAUAAUGACAAGAAUCAAGGGAACAAAGAAUACACACAUUUACCGCUUUAUUCGGUAGAACGAUCGGUGGUGAGACUAGAAGAAUUGGCAGAACAAAGUGGAUAUCAGGAACGAGCACAACGAAACUAUACCAUUAACGUGAGGAAGUUUUGCGAUAAUUUCAGUUUCAUACAGUUUUUGCUGAAUUUAAUUCCCGUGCUAAGAUGGCUCCCAAAGUAUUCAGUGAAAAACAAUCUCGCCGGCGACAUAUCAGCUGGUAUCACGGUGGCUGUGAUGCAUAUACCACAGGGCAUGGCGUACGGUUUACUUGCCGGUGUGAGUCCAAGCUCUGGUUUAUACAUGGCAGUUUUCCCAACUAUAGUUUAUUUUAUAUUUGGCACCUCGAGACAUAUUUCUGUAGGCACGUUGUCUGUUAUUAGUCUUAUGACUUUGAAAGUUGUUCAUACGUAUGUACCGGAUAAGGCGACGGUAUUAUCGAAUACAAACACAACGGCACCAUUAUCGAUAGCUACAAAUGCAUUAGGUGACCAAUAUACAAGUAUACAGGUUGUUACAGCGUGUGCCUUUAUGUGUGGUAUACACCAGAUUUUAAUGUCUUCUUUUCGACUCGGAAGUUUAGCUAGUUUGCUCAGCGAACCUCUUGUCAAUGGUUUCACAACUGGUGCAGCCGUUCAUGUUACCGUUAGCCAACUUAAAGACUUAUUUGGUAUCCAAAUAUCAAGACGCCAAGGGGCCUUCAAAAUUAUUUAUACUGUCGUAGAUUGCAUAUACCAAAUCCCCAAUUCUAAUAUCACCACCGUCAUAUUGUCCGGCAGUAUAAUUUUGUUCAUGGUGAUUAUGAAUGAAAUAUUCAAACCACGAUGUUCAAAAAUCUGCAUGUUCCCCAUACCCGCCGAAUUAAUCGCGGUAGUAGGUGGUACAUUGAUAUCCAGUGUAUUCGAUCUAGGCAAUGAGCAUAAUGUCAAACUAGUCGGUCACAUACCCAUGGGACUGCCACAUCCCAUAAUGCCACCCGUAAAACUGCUCUGGUUAGUCGCAAUCGACUCAAUUGCCAUUGCCAUUGUUAGUUACACGGUUACUAUUUCGAUGGCUAUGAUUUUUGCAAAGAAACAAAACUAUGAAGUACGGCCGAACCAGGAGUUGUUGGCCAUGGGACUAUCAAACAUUGUUGGCGGCAUGCUGUCAUGCGUUCCAAACGCCACUUCUCUAUCGCGUUCACUAAUUCAGGAACAAACGGGGGGUCGAACUCAAAUCGCUUCCGUUGUCUCAUCGUUUCUUAUUCUUAUUAUACUGAUGUGGAUAGCACCAUUUUUUGAAGAUUUGCCCAGAUGUGUGCUAUCGGGAAUUAUUGUGGUCGCUCUAAAAGGAAUGUACACACAGGCGCUUCAAUUAAAGCGAUUCCAUAAGGAGAGCAAAAUUGAGUCAUUCACUUGGUUUGUGACAUUCUGGGCUGUUGUGUUAGUUGACGUAGAUAUCGGACUUGUUUUCGGCAUAGGUUGCUCACUGUUAGGAAUUUAUAUCAAAGGUUGGCGAUCGUCAUGUGCUCUGUUGGGUGCAAUAGAUAAUAAUACGGGACUUUAUGUGAAUAUUGAAACGCACAAAAAAGCUGUUCAAUUGCCGAACAUAAAAAUUUUCCAAUAUAUUGGUGCUAUAAAUUUCGCCUCGGCCAGUUCAUUCAAACGAUUGUUGUACAAAAAGGUUGGCGAAUUUCGGCCAAAAACCACCGAAUUGAAUGGGACGGAUGGCGAUGAUGUCUUAAAAAAGCUACAGCCACACGCAAUUAUUGUUGACCUGUCAUGUGUGUCGCACAUCGAUGUGGCAGCGUGUAAGGUGUUUGCUGAAAUUCAAACUGAUUUACUUUUAUCGAAUACUGUUAUGUACUUAAGUGGUCCAAAUGAUCGUUUAGUAGACACAAUCAGGUAUGCUGAAGUGUUGUCAAUAGGAAAAUUUUCGGUUUUUCCAACAAUUCAUGACGCGGUCCUGUUCUUUCGAAGUUCAUCAGCUGAUAAUAUCUAAUUGAAAUCUUUUUUUGUUGAAAAGCGAUUAAAAUACGAAUCUUGCUCCAGAAGUUUAUUGGAACUUUUUGGAUUAUUUUUUUACUAUAAUUAAAUUAUUUGGUAUAACUUGUUGAACCGAUUUUCGGACGAAAAAAAAAUCAAUGAUUCAUCCACGUUCACUAUUCCAUUUGUAAGCAUAUUGUUGAAAAAUUGAAAGAAGUUCGAAUUGAGUUAAUUCAUUUUGUUUUUGUUUUGUGAUAACAACAGCAGUAGUGAAAUAAAUAGUGCAAAUCUGUUACAGCCAAAUAUUUUUUGAACAAUACAGGUUAUUUUUAUUCGUACUGGAUACGAAACAUACAAA